AGUAUGGUACGGCAGUUGCCAGCGCACUCCCAAGGUGGAGAUACGCGUCGCCGCAAAACGUUACCUUUCUAAAGUUCGAUAAAGUAAACUAUUGUGACUUGUUAGUGUGAUUCGUUGGAUUUUUAAUACUGGCUGGUGAAAAUGAACAUACUAUGGUGCUGGUUCACAGUACAAUCCGUUUUGUGGACAUGCGUCUGGGGUCACGGGCGACUGAUUGAGCCUCCGUCGAGAGCCUCCGCCUGGAGGUACGGCUUCGAUACCCCACACAACUACAACGACCACGAGCUGUACUGCGGCGGCUUCUCCAGACAGUGGAACAAGAACGACGGCAAGUGCGGAGUCUGCGGAGACGCCUGGGACGCCGCGCAGCCCAGGGCGCACGAGUACGGAGGAAGAUUCUACAAAGGCGUCAUAGUCCGCAAAUACGCCCCCAAAGACGCCAUCACCAUCAAAGUCGAACUUACAGCCAAUCACAAUGGCUACUUCGAAUUUAGAGUUUGCGACGAACACAAAGGUACAACCCAGGAAUGUUUAGACAAGAACGUCCUGAAAAUUGACGGCAGAGAUGGAACUAAAUUCUAUCCUAAAGAUGGGAAUAGAGUUUAUGAAAUGAAGUAUCGAUUACCGGAGGAUUUAGAGUGCGCACAUUGCGUCAUGCAAUGGCGAUACAUCGCGGGGAAUAAUUGGGGGAAAUGUGAUAAUGGCACUGAAGCCGUCGGGUGUGGACAUCAAGAAGAGUUCAGGGCUUGUGCUGAUAUAGCUAUUGGCGAUCGUUUCGCUACGACAACGAGGAGGCCUAGGCCAGUGUACGUACCGCCGAGCAGGAAGCCUCCGACGACACCCACGCCAGAAGAAUCUACUGGAAAGGGAUGGUAUGGUGUCGUGGUGGUCGUCGUGGCGCUGUUCGUCGCGCUGGCAAUCUUAUCGGGCAUAUACCUGUACUACUAUCGCGGCGGGAUGAAGAUCAAGAGUUUGUUGAAAUCGAAAGUUUCCGCACCCGCGCCAGUGCCACCUCCUAGACAUAAGAGAUCAUCUCUAUCUAGAGAACAACCACCAGAACUGAGACCUGCGAAAGCCAGUAUUCCCGAUUCGGGGUUUGAAACCGUAGAUCUCAGAGCUAAAUGAGGCUAUUGAAAAUCAGUUGACUGUAGCAACGUAACCACUGCCGUUAGUGAUAUUUAUAAGCGAAGGUUGAGUGUGUGAAUGGUGAGAGCCGAUUGAUUGAUCAGUGUGUUGUUUAUAGAUAAGAAAUUUACUAUUUAGGUAUCUAUGUAAUUUACUAUUGUAAAUUUUAUUUAUGUUAUUAAAUGUAAUGUUAACUAUA